AACAACACUUAGAAAAAGGUUUAUAGGAAAGAAGAGAGAAACCAAAAACUCUUAAUUAAGAGAUCCAUCUUCAACUCAAGAACCGUUCAAAAAGUUUUUUUUCUGCUACAAUGAAUGAAGAAGGAGCUAAGAAAAUAGUGAGUGGAGAAGAAGGCUCUAAAAAAAUUGAAGUCAGCUCUCUCGACUGGAGGGACAUUGACUAUGGGGAAAUCCUCAAGCGUGAUCAAGCGCGCGCGGAGUACAUCCAGUCGAAGGUUGCAGAGGACAGAGCGAAGUCGAAGCAGUCGACGGAAGUACCGGCUAAGAACUCCUCAUCUUCAUAGAUAAAAAGGAGCUUCAAGUGUGUAAUUUGGAUGAGCGAGUGAUGAUGUUUCUGUGAAGUGUCAAGAAUUGAUGCAACAGUUUCUUUUUAUUGUAUAAUAAUAAGUCCAGAAUUUUAAUUUUGUAAAAAAGAAAUAUUAAGAAAAAUAAAGAAAGACUUCUCGGUUCCUUUUACAUAUUGGAUUGGAAGAUCAAC